GGCCAGCCGGCGCCAUUUUGAAAGUGGAGUCGCCUGCCCCUGCCGCCGCCGUCGCUGCCGGAGAAAAGAGCCUGAGCGGGGAAGCCCCAGAGUGAAAUCUACCAUCCUGCCGGCUGGUCUGCUCGCCCCUCCUCCCCUCUGCCCGCGCCCCCGCCCCCUCCCCCCGUGGGUGCCAUCCGCCGCCAUCCGCCCUCUCGACCCCCCCCAUCCCCAGGUGAGGGGGGUGAGUUCAGGAAGCAGAGACCCCGAGGAAGGCGGCAGGGUCACCAUUUGCAGCGCAACAUGGCAGGAGCUGGAGGAGGGAAUGAUAUUCAGUGGUGUUUUUCUCAGGUGAAAGGAGCAGUAGAUGAUGAUGUAGCAGAAGCAGAUAUAAUUUCUACAGUAGAAUUUAAUCAUUCUGGAGAAUUACUAGCAACAGGAGAUAAAGGUGGGAGAGUUGUCAUCUUUCAACAGGAGCAGGAGAACAAAAUCCAGCCUCAUAGCAGAGGAGAAUAUAAUGUUUACAGCACCUUUCAGAGCCAUGAACCAGAGUUUGACUACUUGAAAAGUUUAGAAAUAGAAGAAAAGAUCAACAAAAUUAGGUGGUUACCCCAGAAAAAUGCUGCUCAGUUUUUAUUGUCUACCAAUGAUAAAACAAUAAAAUUAUGGAAAAUCAGUGAAAGGGACAAAAGACCAGAAGGGUAUAACUUGAAAGAAGAAGAUGGAAGGUAUAGAGAUCCUACUACAGUUACUACACUACGUGUGCCGGUCUUCAGGCCCAUGGAUCUAAUGGUUGAAGCCAGUCCGCGAAGAAUAUUUGCCAAUGCUCACACAUACCACAUCAAUUCAAUUUCUAUUAAUAGUGAUUAUGAAACAUAUUUAUCUGCAGAUGAUUUGCGGAUUAAUCUUUGGCACCUAGAAAUUACAGACAGAAGUUUUAAUAUUGUGGACAUUAAGCCUGCCAAUAUGGAAGAGCUAACAGAAGUGAUCACAGCGGCAGAAUUCCAUCCGAACAGCUGUAACACAUUCGUAUACAGCAGCAGUAAAGGAACGAUUCGGUUAUGUGACAUGAGGGCCUCUGCCCUCUGUGACAGGCAUUCUAAACUGUUUGAAGAACCAGAAGAUCCAAGUAACAGGUCUUUUUUUUCUGAAAUCAUCUCCUCUAUUUCUGAUGUAAAGUUCAGCCAUAGUGGUCGAUAUAUGAUGACUAGAGACUAUUUGUCAGUCAAAAUUUGGGACUUAAAUAUGGAAAACAGGCCUGUGGAAACAUAUCAGGUACAUGAAUACCUCAGAAGUAAACUUUGUUCACUGUAUGAAAAUGACUGCAUAUUUGACAAAUUUGAAUGUUGUUGGAAUGGAUCUGACAGUGUUGUCAUGACUGGAUCUUACAAUAAUUUCUUCAGAAUGUUCGACAGGAACACAAAGCGAGACAUAACCCUAGAAGCAUCACGGGAAAACAAUAAACCUCGCACGGUUCUGAAGCCACGCAAAGUCUGUGCAAGUGGCAAGCGAAAGAAAGAUGAAAUAAGUGUUGACAGCCUAGACUUCAACAAGAAAAUACUUCACACGGCCUGGCACCCCAAGGAAAAUAUCAUUGCUGUAGCUACUACAAACAAUCUGUAUAUAUUUCAAGACAAAGUGAAUUAGGGUUGGCAUUCCUAGCAGAAGAGCCCACUUCCUGCUUAGUUGAGAUAGUUGAAUCUAGCAUUCGUACCUAAAAAAGAGAGAGGUCCAUUGUGGCGCCCCUUUCCAGUGUUUGACAAUGUGCCAUUCGACAACAUAUUUUUAUAGCUACAUGGAGAAAGCUCUGUGGAUUCCUCACUGGUGUUCUCCAUGUCUGCUAGCCAUCUAGGUAAGGGUAGGGCACUUUUAAUUUAAAUGACUUCCUGCACCAUCUUGCCUAAUGGACUAGAUUGGACUGUAUCAACAUUGAUUUACUCCACUUUUUAUGCCUUCCAUUGUGAUGACGUCAAACACAGUGACAGCCUUCAGUCAUGCUUAUGGGAUUUAAUUGUGUAUCCUCAUUACUGUAUCAUUUGUGGGGUACACCCCUUCCCCCUUUUUUAAAUUAAAUACAGCUCAUUCUUACUGUGGCUUGUAGCAUUCCUCCUCUUCUGGCCUCCUGGACUCUUCCCUCUUCCAUCUCUCUUACCCCUGUCCCCCUCCACCCAGUCUUGGUGGUGGUAAUAUUAAAAAGAACGAACGAAAGCACACAAAUGAGUCAGUCUGGGGUCAGUGGUAAAGGGGGUAUAUGUUGCGAACAAAUGUUUUAAUAACAGUUGGCUGUAAUCACUCCUCGCCAUGUCUGGCACUGAAAAUAAGGAAAAAAAACUACUACUGAAUAAAAGUGACAAAGAAUGGAGAAUCUGGUUUUCUUUUUCUUUUUUAAUCUACCUCUUUUAAGCCAAUAUUUUGUGUUAUGCUUUUGGGCGCAGUGAAAUGAGGUUCCAUUGUUUAUUGGUAUUUUUGUUACUUUUUUAAAAGUGUUCUUUUACAUUAAGACGGAAAAGUAUUGGUUCUGUAUGAACAUGUUUUGAAAAUAUUAUGUUGGUAUUACUAAAGAUUUCAGGAUCUAAAUGCUACUAGAUUUUUUUUUUAACUAGCUAAGAGGGUGUUAGAUACGAUGUAUCUACACUUAACUCAUCUGUUGACAGAAUUGUUGUAAAUGGGAGUCAAAUUUAUAGGACUUCGUUUUUAAAGAUUUUUUUUUACAGUGCUUAAUUUUAUUUUGCCUUACUGAUAUUACUAAGUCGAAGACUUAAAAGAUCUUUUUCUUAACAAGUUAAAACUUUUUGUUAUUUAAUCAUAACAUAAAACUAACCUCAAGUUAUUUACGUAUUUAAAACUGACACUGCACUAAAUAUCUUUUGGGGAGUAUUUUAAUGCUAACAAAUCAAUGAAAUUGUACUUUUGCCAUAGAUGUCUUCUAUUUUGAUUUUCCAAAGCUAUUAUUAAAGACAACUUUAAAGGUA